UGACAGAAAAAUAUUCAAGCAUUUGGUGUGAACGGCGAGUCGACGCUUUUGUUAUAAAGAACUAAAUAAAAAUAACUUAAAUACAGACAUACGUCCGAAAAAAUGCAACGACAACAAAAACUGCUGUGUUUCGUCAUUUUGGCGAUUGCCCUCCCAGCCUGCCUUGCCAUCACCAUACAGCCGCGUAGCUCUUGGAACGCCGCUGCUGCACGCUCACCGGCGCGCAUACCUGGCAAAGUGGACUAUGUGAUCAUACAUCAUUCGGAUAACCCGAAUGGCUGCAGCACAUCGGCCGAUUGCAAGCGUCUCAUCAAGAAUAUCCAAAGCGAUCACAAGGGUCGUCGCAAGUUCAGCGAUAUCGGCUACAACUUCAUAAUUGCCGGCGAUGGCAAUAUCUACGAGGGACGUGGUUUCGGUUUACAGGGCUCGCAUGCGCCGAACUAUAAUCGCAACAGCAUUGGAAUUGUGUUCAUUGGCAAUUUCGAUAAUACCACACCUUCUCAGACGAUGUUGCAAAAUGCUAAGGAUCUCAUGGCGCAUGCAGUGCAACAGGGUUACCUCAAGGACGACUACACCUUGUUGGGUCACAGACAAACCAAGGCAACAGCUUGUCCCGGUCAGCGUUUGUAUGAUGAGAUUAAAACAUGGCCUCAUUGGAAGAGUCUUUAAAGAACACAUUUUGCUAUGGUAUAAUACUAAUUGCUUGUUAGGGUCCCAGUUUUAAUUGUAGGUCAUUUAAACUUAUGAAACAAAAAGUGAUAACAUUUUGUAUAAAAUGUAUUAGAAUAAAAAUAAUAAAUAACAUA